AACAACGACAAACAAAAAUAAAAUUAAGUGAAGCUUAUUGUGUGACGAGGGAUUUUUUUUUAUUUCGUACCUGAAUGAAACUAAACGAGUAAAAAAAUUGGUUUUAAAAAUUAUUUUCAACCGCAAGCACCCGUCAAUUUAAUCUCAACAAUGACCAAAUGUCUCAUGGCAAAGAAAUGGAAAGCUUAUCCUUGGCCUGAUCGAGUUGGUGAGCCUACAAUAGAGGUGGAAGAAGACGAAGAAAUUGACGUAGUUGGUGAUUCGCCGGCAAAUCAAAAACAAACAAAGACAUCAACAUGCUGGGGACCAUCUUCACCAACUGCUGGCACAACAGCCCCAAGUCCACCACCACACUCGCCUGAGGCCACAAAAGGCUCUAAUAUUUUAUAUAAUGGAUAUGGACAUGAAAUUCCCUCAAUACACUUCACAGCCUACUUACCAAGAAUGGAACAAGAGGUAACUAUCGUUACGUCAUCUCAAGGAACGCAUUAUGUAGCAACACCACACCAGUCAUCACCAAAUGGUGAAUCGACAACGUCAUCCUCUUCAUCAUCAUCAUCAUCGUCACCAACAGCCCAAAAUCAGCCACAAAGAAAAUCGUUAGCAAUGUGCUUUACGAGUACUGGUGCCGCAUUGUCAUUGCCACCCAAAAAGAAAGACAUUUAUCGUCCAUAUUCGCUGGAUGAUAGGCCAUCAAGUCAAUCAAGUCAUUUACAGUCAUCACAUCCGCCACGUUACGAAUUGAGAAUACCUGCUGAAGAAGAUUUACAUGCCGCACAUGCAAUAUUAGAUCUAAGUGCAUCAACAGCAUUCCUACCACCAAUACAAUCGCCGACAUCUUCUUUAUCAUCGUCAUCGUCCCAUCACAAUGUGAAUGGCAAUAACAAUAAUAAUAAUAACAAUAAUAAUAAUAAUAAUAAUAAUACUAGUUGUAGAGAUAGCAAUAAUUCUAAUAGUGAAAAUCAUGUACAAAAAUCAAAUAACAGCAUAACAAUUAUAUUGUCAAAAUCAGAUGAUCGAUUACAGUCAUUUAAUGGAAUUAAGCAUCAACAGCAACAACAGCAGCAGCAACAGCAUUCACAUAAAGUUGGUGAUGUACACAUACAGAAUGAGAAUGAUAAUAAUUCAAGUGUUAACAUAAAGAAUAAUAAUCAAAAUCAAUUGGAAACAAUACGAAUUCCACCCGGUGCUUUAACACCGACCGGUGGACGUACAGUGGCAUAUACAUACGAGGCAUUUUUCGUCAGCGAUGGACGAUCAAAAAGGAAAAUAAAUGGUGGCGAUAUUGUGGUGACUGAGAGUAAGGCAAAGUAUACAUGCACAGAAUGUGGUAAACAAUAUGCGACAUCAAGUAACCUGUCACGUCACAAGCAGACACAUCGAAGUCUCGACUCACAGUCAGCAAAAAAGUGUCAUACAUGCGGAAAGGCAUACGUCUCAAUGCCAGCAUUAGCAAUGCACGUCUUAACACAUAAGUUAUCGCACAGUUGUGGGGUUUGUGGAAAGCUUUUUUCACGACCGUGGCUACUGCAAGGUCAUUUGAGAUCACAUACAGGCGAGAAGCCAUACGGUUGUGCACAUUGUGGAAAGGCAUUCGCUGAUCGGAGCAAUUUACGAGCACAUAUGCAAACACACUCAUCUGAUAAGAAUUUUGAAUGUGCUCGAUGUCACAAGACAUUCGCACUAAAGUCAUAUUUGAACAAACAUUUGGAAUCGGCAUGCUUUAAGGAUGAUCCGGCAGCAUUAGAGGCAUUAAAUUUUAACUGUAAUAGCAAUUGUAGUUUAACUAGUGAUUGUAGUGAUAAAUUUUCGAAAAGUAACAGCAAUACAGCAACAGCAACGAAUAAUAAUAAUAAUAACAAUAAUAAUGUGAUGAUAACAUCGUUCAUUGGAGCGACACAAGCACAACAACAAGCAACAGCUGGACUUACAACGAUUCAGCACACGUCUAUAAAUAAUAAUAACAAUAAUACUCUUAAUAUAAGCACAAGCAAUACUCUACAUUCCUCAUUAUCGAAACUCAAUCCUGCAACAGUCCAAUUAGCAGCUGUCAAUUUUGCUGGGUAACCGUAGUAGCUGUUUUAUUAACAAUGAAUAUAAACACAAAAAAAAAUCUUUAACUAUUUUACUUAAAUUUAAC